AUGACGUGGGGCGGCCCCGACGAGAACCUGCUGCCGGACUGGGAGGCUUUCCAGACCGACGACCUCGAGUGGUACUACUACAACGCCAAGACCGAGGAGACGACGUGGGACAAGCCCGAGAAGCCCAAGCCCAAGCCCAAGCCCGCGCCCGUGCCCAAGGCCGCGCCCAAGACCGCGCCGCCCGCGCCCAAGCCCGCGGCCGCGCCCAAGCCCGCGGCCGCGCCCAAGCCCGCGGCGGCGGCGGCGGCGAAGCCCAAGCUCGGCGGCGGCCCGCCCGGCGGCGGCAUGGCCGGCGGCCUGCUCGGCGCGAUCCAGGCGGGCAAGACCCUCAAGAAGGCGCCGAAGGUGGAAGAAAAGCCCAAGCCCGCGCCGUCGAGCGGCGGCGGCGGCGGCGGCGGCGUCGCGGGGCAGCUGAACGCGAUGAUGGGCGGCGGCGGCGGCGGCGGCGGCGGCGGCGGCGGCGGCUUCAAGGAGAUCAUGCGCAAGAACCGCGAGGCCGCCGCGAAGCGCGGGUCGACGGCCGCGCCCGCGCCCGCGCCCAAGCCCGCGCCCGCGGCCGCGGCCGCGCCGUCCUGGAAAAAGCCCGAGCCCGCGCCCGCGCCGUCGCCCAUCAAGGUCGCGCCCAAGGCCGCGUCGGGCGGCAGCGUCGAGGACCGGCUGGCCGCCAUCGAGGCCAAGCUCGACAAGAUCAUGGCCAAGCUCGGGUGCUGA